UUCCGGGAACAAUUCGUGUGAGCUGCUUGUCCGAUACUUAAGAGAGAAAGUGGGGAGACCUGACUUGGCUUUUGCUGUGACAAUGCGCCGUAUUUUGGAAAACGAGCCUUUUCCCGCAAAGGUGGAUCUUGCGCGUGUGGAAUUUGCCCUCAGUCUGUUUCUGCAGUGGUUUGAGAAGUACACGCACGAGCGGCACCAUGGCGAAAUCCCACUGUUUACUGCUGCAGACCUCUGGAGUUUUGUGUUGGAACGACAUACAGAACUUCUGAAGUGGGUGGUUUUUCAUUACUGUCAUGAUGAAGUUGUGGCGGAUUUGUCGAGUGCCUUGGAGGCCGUGAAGGCAGUGGGUUUCUCUGCUCGGCAUUGCCUUGAUGUGUAUCUUGUUGCAAUGGCCUCACGGCGUUUGUCUAAUGAUGUAAGGAAACAGUUUGAGGAGGAAGCAAGAAGGAAGUUAUGCAGUUGGGUGGAGCAUACCGUGGUGAAUACAUUCCUUAGCGCUAUCCAAUCCAUUUGCUCUGAGGCAGCUGCAAGGGUGGCCGCAACUGCCACAACUACUCCUUCUUUUGCCUUUUCCCCAGAAAUUAUUUCUGUUCAUAUAAAUGUUGCGAAGGCACAGUUGUUGCUUCUUUGCGAUGCGGCAUUCUAUGCGAUGGAUGCAAGGAGGAUAUUGCUUCCAGUUGUGGACGUCGGAUUUAAAAGGAUGAGUGCAAUGUCUGUGGAAACCGACCUUUCUGGCUUGUCGUGCUGGACGUUUUGUAUGCUCGGUGUGUUGAGUUGUCUUCGCCGUUCCGUAUGUUGCUUGAGGGAUGGCAGUUUACCGACGGACGAUUUGUUUACCACACUUCAUUCACACUAUCGAACCCUGCAGCGGUUGUCACCGAGCUCUACGGCUGACCUUGUAACGGAUGCGUGGAUUGAUUUUCUUUCUGGUGAGGGAAGAGGUGCAGUUGUGGGUGCUCGUCAGGGGGGAAUUUUUGACAUUACUCGAGUACGGCAUGCUUUAAUUAAUAACAAUGACAUCGUGGAGGGAUUUGGAAAAGAAAAGGGGGGAAAGCGGCUGCGCGAUGAGUGA